AUGGACGCCCAAGCCUACCUAAUCAAGCACGGCUGGUCCGGCCCCGGCAACCCCCUCAAUCCCAACCAAAGACCCGGUCUACACGGUGGUCUCGGUCUCACACGCCCUAUCCUCGUCGCGCGCAAAGCCAACAACCACGGCGUGGGCAAGAAAACCACCAAAGACGCCACGAACCAGUGGUGGCUUCGCGGAUUCGAAGAUGCGCUCAAGGGCGUCGGUCAAGAGAGUCAUGAGGCCAACUCUGCACGCGAAGGGAAUGCGCUCACGAGUGAGCUUUAUCGUCAUUUCGUGAGAGGGUCGGGCUUGGCGGGGACGCUGGACCCGAAGAAAGAGAAGGUUGGCGUGGAAGAGGUGACUGUUUCGGCGGAGGAGGCGGCGAGGUUGAAGCGGGAGGAGGAGAAGGAGGAGAAAGCUGCGAGGAAGGAGGGGAGGGCUAAGCGGAGGGCGCAGAAGGCUGUGAAGAAGGAGCAGAAGGCUGUGCGGAAGGAGGCGAGGAGAGUGAAGAGGGUUGCGAAGGUGGAGAGGAGGGAAAAGAAGGUUGCUGAGAGGGCGGCGCGGAAGGCGAAGAAGACGCAGGUUGAGGAGGACUAUCCUACGCCUAUGUCGAUUGACCAAGAGGUUGAGCCGAAGGUUGAUCUGGAUGAGGCUGCUUCCAGGCUACGGGAGAAGAAGGAGAAGAAAGAGAAGAGCGCAGAAGGCGACUCGAAAAAGAAGUCCAAAAAAGUCAAAGCCUGA